AUGGUGGGAUUAUCAACUGGAAAAUACCACAGCAAGGAGAAGUACUUCAGUGUCCAGCAGUCUAUCAUCAAGGAGGGCCAGGGCAAUCAUACUAUUGGCCAGGGCUUCCAUGUUUACCCGUUCUCCUUUCAGAUUCCAACACAGGAGCUGCCAUCCUCCUUCCAUGGCAAGUAUGGAAAGACCUUGUACACACUGGAGGCAAAUCUGAGCAGGUCCAUGAGAAUAGACAGCAAAGCCAAGGCAGAGUUCACCCUCAUCCACAGAGGAAACCCAGAUCCGAUGCUGAUGAUUUCACAGCAAGGUAACAUUGAUAAGAAGAUGAAGCUCUUCAACUCAGGAGCAGUAGGCAUGGAUGUGAACAUUGAGCGAAUGGGUUUCCACCAAGGUGAAGGCAUCAAGGUUGUGGCCUCCAUUCAGAACCGAUCAUCUCGAGAAAUUAAGCCCAAAUACUGCUUGUACAGGAAGUACAGUUACUUUGCAAAGGGGAACAGGAAAGUUGAUACAAAAGACAUCCUGAAAGAGGAGGGCGAAGCUGUCCCACCUUCUGCAGGUCAGACUGUCACCAAGAUCAUCACCGUUCCUCCCACCACACCAGUGUCCAUCUUAAACUGCAAGAUCAUCAAAGUAGAGUACAGACUCAGGGUUUCCCUGGAUGUCAAGUAUGCUUCAGAUCCAGAGAUGAAGUUCCCCAUCGUCAUCCUGCCUGCUCUAGAAGGACCUCAGGAAGUGCACUCACUUGCCAAUCCUGCCUAUGGAUUUGAAGCAUUUCCAAACUCCUCAAUGCCAGGAGGGACCAGCUUCCUACAAAACUCAGCAGCCUCUGAUCCCUUUGCUCCUCCACCAGCCUAUGAGUCAGGGAUGUACCCCCCUUUGACUGAUUUUGAUAGAAAGUCCUAG